AUGUUUUCGUCUUCGAUUAGGUCAAUAAUCGUAUCCGGACUUCACCGUACUCCGACCCUGAAAUCGCCGGCGGUAAAUCCUCCGACGCUCUUCACCUCCGUGCCUAGAUUCUUCCACUCAAGCUCCCCUCGUUUCAGCGACAGUAGAAUCACCAUGAGCAGCGUUGACAAAACCGGAUCGAACUCGGGGAAUCGGGCGAGCAGGAUUAAGGAGAAGCUGGAGAAGGAGCUGGAGCCGGUGGAGCUAGUGAUCGAGGACGUCUCGUACCAGCACGCGGGUCACGCGGGGAUGAAAGGUAGAGGAACCGACGAAGAGACGCAUUUCAAUGUGAAGAUCGUAUCGAAAGGAUUCGAAGGGAUGAAUCUGGUGAAGAGGCACAGGCUAGUGUACGAUCUGCUCAGGGAGGAGCUUGAUAGUGGAUUGCACGCGCUUUCCAUCGUCUCCAAGACUCCCUCCGAGUCCACUCGCUAGAUCUGUUUUAUGUUUCUCUUAUGAGAGAGUUUGUUUUUAAAUUAAUUCGAGUUCUGGUUUUCUAGUA